AUGAGUUGGGCAUUAGUGUGGUCGGCUGGGAGACCCUCUUUGAGGUCACUGCUUGGCACGUCUGGCGAGGAAGAAAUGAGAAAAUUUUCACUGGUAAAGAGUUGGCCAUCUCACAGAAAAUCCAGGAAGCACGAGCUGUGGCUCUUGGCUUUCGAGAGCGGACCCGGUGGAUUCUCCUCCUCCGCAAACCCUAGCUUCUUCGAUCGGUGUUUCUCGUCCGCCGCCGCUUCGGAUUCCAAUCUUAUUCGCGCCACCCUUUUUCCCGGGGACGGAAUCGGUCCUGAGAUCGCGGCAUCCGUCAAACAGGUAUUUAAAGUUGCAGAUGUGCCGAUUGAAUGGGAAGAACAUUUUGUGGGGUCCGAAAUAGAUCCUUGUACCCAGAGUUUCUUGACACGGGAAAGUCUGGCAUCUGUGAGGCGAAACAAAGUCGGCCUAAAAGGGCCUAUGGCCACACCAAUCGGGAAAGGUCACCGCUCUCUUAACCUUACCUUGAGGAAAGAGCUCAAUCUGUAUGCCAAUGUUAGACCUUGUUACAGCCUACCUGGGUACAAGACAAAAUACGAUGGUGUUGAUCUCAUUACUAUUCGUGAAAAUACCGAAGGAGAAUACAGUGGUCUUGAACAUCAGGUGGUCAGGGGUGUUGUCGAGAGUCUCAAGAUCAUUACACGCUCGGCGAGUCUAAGAGUUGCAGAGUAUGCUUUUCACUAUGCUAAGACCCACGGACGAGAAAGAGUAUCUGCUAUUCACAAAGCAAAUAUCAUGCAGAAAACUGACGGUCUUUUCCUUAAGUGUUGUCGUGAGGUUGCAGAACGUUACCCGGAGAUAAACUAUGAAGAGGUUGUGAUUGACAACUGUUGUAUGAUGCUUGUGAAGAAUCCAUCACUUUUUGACGUGCUUGUGAUGCCGAACCUUUAUGGUGACAUAAUCAGUGACCUAUGUGCUGGUUUGAUUGGAGGCUUGGGCUUAACUCCCAGCUGCAAUAUUGGUGAGGGAGGUAUCGCCCUUGCCGAGGCAGUACAUGGUUCCGCACCUGAUAUCGCUGGAAAGAAUUUGGCAAACCCAACGGCUUUGCUCCUGAGUGCCGUGUCCAUGUUGCGCCAUCUGAAUCUUCACGAGAAAGCAGAUAGAAUCCAAGACGCUGUACUGAAAACGAUUGCAGAAGGUAAGUACCGAACGGGCGAUCUUGGCGGGAAAUCAACGACUACCGACUUCACCAAGGCCAUCUGCGAUCAUCUUUAA